AUGAAAGUGGCAGCAGAACCAAAACCAGCCGAAUAUGCGGAGCUUGCUAGCCGGCCAAUAUCCGAGCGAUCGGCGGCCGACACGGAGGCGGCGCACGAACUAUUGUCGCUGGCCCACAGCGUACCGCCUCUGCCACCUGCUGCCGUCUACACGGUCCUGCAUGCGCCAGAAACGCCCAUCGUGCCGCUCUACACGUACACCAUCCAGCCAACCAACAUCUUUAUAAUCGCUGAGGAGCCUCCAAAGCCAAUUAUUCACACUUUCCAGGCAGUUGCACCGUUACAACCUGUCGAAUACGCUGCCGUCGAAGGGCCAAUUAGUUAUGUCGCUUACCAACCCAGCGAACCUAUACUGCAUCAAGGUCCUGAGCCAGUACCGCCACCUAAACCGGUUCCAGCCCCUCAAUCGCAGCCGGAACAGCCACCGGAACCAGAACCGGAAGUAGAGCCUGAUCUUGAACCCGAAACGGACAUCGAGGUUGAAACAACGCCACUGAACCCCACAAAAGCAAAGGCAGUGAAAUUUGACUGCAAUGAAUGCGGCAAGUGCUACGCGACGUCGUCCAACCUGUCGCGACACAAGCAAACGCACCGCAGCCUGGACUCGGGCUCAGCGAAACGAUGCGGCGAGUGCGGCAAGGCUUACGUGUCGAUGCCGGCGUUGGCUAUGCACGUGCUCACGCAUCGCAUGGGGCACGUGUGCGGCGUGUGCGGCAAGCAGUUUUCACGGCCAUGGCUACUGCGCGGUCACCUGCGCUCCCACACCGGCGAGAAGCCGUACAACUGCGGUGCUUGUGGCAAGGCGUUCGCGGACCGCUCCAACCUCCGCGCCCACCUGCAGACACACUCGGCCGACAAGAAAUACGAGUGUGUCCGCUGCCACAAGACAUUCGCGCUCAAAAGCUACCUCAACAAACACCAAGAGUCGGCGUGCGUUCGCUCCGAAGACGAG